AUGUCUGAAGAACCGAAGUCCCAGAAGGCUCCAAAGGCGAUCUGGAACGAUGCAGAGACAGAUGCCCUCGUCACAUACCUCCAUUCACAACGCUCAAAAAUAGGAGACGGCGGGAAUUUCAGAUCACAGGUUUAUUCUGAAGCUGCAACUACUAUUGCAAACCACAGGACCCUUGGCCCGACGAAGACUAUGAACCAGUGUAAGAACAAAUGGCAAUCAUUAAAAAAUCUUUACUACGUUAUUGAGAACUAUCGCCUCAGAACAUCUGGUACUCACUGGGAUAAUGAGAUUGGAGCUGGUAUCGAGGGGAAGGCUGCAAGCAAUGUGUGGGACGCAUAUAUGGAGAAGAAGGCCAACCAAGUCAUGCGCCCUUACCGAAACAGCGGAUGGCAGCUUUAUCCACUCAUGCAAGAGACUCUGCCAAGUGGCAGUGGCGCUCGAGGUCGUGCGGCCUAUCGCCCAUCUAGGGCCGCCGCACCUGCCUUCACGGACGACUCAUCUGAUCAGGCUUCUGCAGCUCCCAUGGGUUCUGACUCGGAUGUUGUUGCUGGAUGCACAGAUGAUUUUCACAUGGGCGAGGCUGAAGGAGAGGUUGGUUGGGGCCAUGUGCCACACAAUGAUGCUGGACCUAUCGCCGGAAGCUCACAACUUGCAACUGCUCCUCUUUAUUCCCCUCCUCAUUCUAUUCAUACAUCGAGCGUCGGUAAACGCACACAUUCAGAUAUGACUGGCUAG